GAGAUUGUAUUGAAACGUUGUCGGUAAGUAUGGCUUAGGGCGUUAGUAUAGCGUGUCACUUAUCCUAUCCAGCGUAUGUUGACAGGAUCUGAUCUGGAAGAACAAAUCGAGGCAGCACAAACCAUCUCAAGUAGCGUGAAGGAAUCUGUAUGUAUUUUCUUCAUGCUAAGUUUAUUUCUUUAGAUAUUGCUGCUGGCCCUUAUGAUUUAUGGAUCAAGUCCACUUCCACUGUUCCUUAUCUGAUUAACUUGUUAAGUUCUGAAAAUAUGAAUCUUCGAGAAAUUGCUGCUGGUGCCCUGGGCAAUAUGGCAGCUGAAGAUUUAGGCGAUAUGGACGAUCAAGAUGACAAGGUUCGCUCCACCAUUCGCGAACAUGGUGCCAUCAAACCUCUUGUUCAUAUGUUGGAUUCCAAUGAUGUUCGUCUGAUCCAAUCUGCUUGUUUUGCACUUGCUAACCUGGCUCGAGGACAAGAAGCACAACUCAAGGAUUUCUUCCAGACAGGCAUCAGUGCCAAACUACUGAAGCAUUUGACCAACAAUGAUACGGCUACUGAGAUUUGCUGGGUCAUUAGUUAUUUGACAGCCAUCAGUGACAAGUUUCGUGAUGAGAUCAUGACAAUGGGAUUUGCUGAGCCAUUGGUGAUUGAAUUGGCCAGUUUGUCAGAACAAGGACCUGUUGUCUUACCAGUCUUGAGAACCUUGGGUAAUUUAGUUGCUUCUGAAGAUUAUUUGAAAGUGUUAAAAGAACAAAAAGCCUUUCUGCCUACAGUAGCUAAAUUGAUUCAUUCUGAUCAAAGUCGAGUCGUCAAGAAAGAAGCACUUUGGGUGUUGUCUAACAUUACUUCAAGUCAAGAUCCAGAGAUCAUUCAACAAUUGGAAGAAUUGCAUGUUAUCAACCACUUGUCUGAAUUAGUCAGUCGAGGUGCAUUUGAUAUUCGCAAAGGGGCUGCUUAUUGUAUCAUGAACAUGGCUAAUCAUGGACCAGAACAUUUGGAUAAGUUAGCUCAUCCACAAUUACUUCCAGCCUUUUUGGACCUUGUUAAAUCUCAAGAUGCAGAUAUGAUCAGACUAGGAUUAGGAUACAUUGAAUUGCUUCUUACUCAAUCCUCCAAGGGUAAAGAAGUGAUUGACAAUGUACCUGACUGUAUGGAAGCAUUGGCUGCAGUAGCACCUGCUCCUGACCCAGAAUUAUUUGCUUUUGCAAACAAAUUAGUAGACCAAUACUUUGGUGAAAUGGAAGAAUAAAA